AUGCACUCAAUUCCCCAAGACGACUGUGAUAAGUAUGGCUAUUGUGGUCCUAAUGCCAUUUGCACAAUCAGUGAUCCUAGGAUUUGCAGCUGUUUGACUGGAUACAUACCAAAAUCAGCACAAGAUUGGGAAAUGCUUAUCUGGUCUGGUGGAUGCAUUAGGAAAAAUCCAUUAAAUUGUCCUGCAGAUGAAGGAUUUAUAAAGCUUAAAGGUGUAAAAGUGCCUGCUUUGUUGCAGUUUUGGAUUAACACUAGUCUGACAAAUGAGGACUGCAGAGCAGAGUGCUUGAAGAAUUGCUCUUGUACAGCUUAUGCUAAUGAGAUCCAAUCAAGAGGUGAGGAGAACCUAGAAUUGCCCAUCUUCGAUAUGGUCACUGUGGCAGAAGCAACUCAUAACUUUUCUCAUUCAAACAAGAUUGGAGAGGGUGGUUUUGGAACUGUUUACAAGGGUCAACCAUCAACUGGACUAGAGAUAGUAGUGAAGAGGCUGUCAGAGAAUUCUCAUCAAGGUCUCAAUGAAUUCAAAAAUGAGGUCAGGGAUCUUAAAGCUAGCAAUGUGCUCCUGGACAUUAAGAUGAAUCCCAAGAUUUCAGAUUUUGGCACGGCUAGAGCUUUUGGAGGAGAUCAAUCGUCGGCAAAAACGAAUACUGUGGUUGGAACUUAUAGUUAUACAUCUCCAGAGUAUGCAAUUGAUGGGAUCUUUUCGACAAAAUCAGAUAUCAUUGGCUUCGGAGUUCUAGUGUUGGAAAUAGUGAGUGGCAAAAGGAACAGACAGUUUCACCAUCCUGACCAUGAUCUUAACCUUCUUGGACAUGCAUGGAAAUUAUGGAAUGAAGAAAAAGCCUCUGAGCUAAUAGAUCCCCUGAUGGAGGAUUCGUUUCCAAUGUCUGAACUCUGA